AUGAGCUCCUCCGCCUCCACCAUCUCCAACCCGUUCGCUAGUCCCGAUGUCACCCUCGUCCGCGACCUCAACAUCCAUGAGCGUGUCCCGGUGAAGCUUGAUCAGAACACCGCGUCCUACUCCGCUUGGAAGCGGUAUUUUUCGCUUGUGUUCCGUGAGUACCUCCUGCACGGCCACGUGGACUCGGCCCUCAUGAUCAACGACGAGGAGUGGAUGAUCCUCGACGCCACCAUCAUCCGCUGGUUCUACCUCACCAUCUCUAGCGACCUCUUCCACACCGUCGUGGACGACGACGACGCCUACGCGGUCUGGACCAAGCUCAACGGCCUCUUCACCGACAAUCGGCUGCAGCGCAAGGUCCUUCUCCACGGCGAGUUUUAUGGGUGCCAGCAGCUUGACUCGUCCAUCGACGAUUUUUGCAUGCGCCUCAAGAAGCUUGCCGAUGAGCUCCGUGACCUCGGGGAGACGAUCGGCGACGAGCUCCUCAUCAGCACCCUCACCGCUUUAAAAUUUCAAAUUCUAAAUAAAGUCCAAAACUCACAGUUUUCACACAUGAAAGCUAAAAUGUUCAAG